AUGCCCGAAAUACGCAUACUCGUUACUUCAUGUAUCAUUAUCAGAUUUUAUCCUUCUUUGCUACGAAGUGCGAUUUGUGACCCGUCCAAAUUGUACCGCAAGUUUUCUAAACUUUUUCCUUUUCUCAUUUUCUUCCUCACUUUCUUUCCUUUCUUUUUCUCACCGUUUUGUUUCAUUUUUUCUCAUCUGUUUCCCUCUUAUUUGCUAUUUUUCUUCUCCCUUUUCUCUUUAACCUUUUCCUCUUUUUUGCUCAUCUCUUUAUGUACUGCUCUCUUGUCUUCUUUCUCUCACUCAGUUUCUUUUCCUUAUUUUUUCUUACUCUUUUUUCUUCUAGUCAUCUACUUCUGCCCAGUCGGUGGUGGAAUAGUCGCGGAUAGUGCUCACAGGGGAGGGGAGGGAGAGGACGGGGGUCGUUCACAGCGCUCUCUUCUCCUUCGUCGCCUUGCCUCUUCAUUCUCCCUCCUCCUUUCCUCGAAGUCCGCGAUGCCAUCGCGUAUUGAUCUCCUCCACGUCGUUCGGUCCCUGGCAGUUUCUUCCCACGAGGACGAGCUGAUGUUGGUGCUCCUCGUAGUCUGGUCCCAAUGGCCAGCUCACCAUAUAGGAUUUUCUUGGGGAGCCUGGAAGGAUCCAUCCUGUGGACUGUGCCCAGCGGAGGCGGUGGUAGAUGAUAGUGGCCUCGACGCUGCUCACUGA